AUGGCGGCGGUCUCGCGGCGACGGAAGCAGGCGACAUAUGGCAAGCCUUCACGCUCCGUCAACACGUGGAACAGCGGGAAUCUGAACGCCUUGGACGAGGACGAACUUCCCAUUGUGGAGCCAACAACUUCAAGAUCAGCUGGAGUAAUGAAGUCAUACUCUGUUCAGAAACGCGAAACCAAGCCGAAAAGCCCAAGAUUGAAGGCAAAACCGUCGAAGAGCCGCGCGAUCAAAGAGGACAUAUGGGAUGUUCCCUCAUCUGAGUCAUCUGAAGAUGACAUCUCGCCCGUAAAGAGGCAGUCUGUUCAAAAAUUAGGCGGCAAGGGAAGAUCGGAGAGGGGGCAAGAAGAUGUGCAGCUUGCGCCCUGGGAGAAGGCGAAGGUAGUCGAAUCGGGCACUGCCCGGCGAGACGAUAUUGGAACUUCGGGUAGAGGUGUCGUAAGGGCUAUUGGAGAGAGUGAACAGUCGCAAACUGUUGAUUCUCUCGUGCCUUUGGCGGAUUCGCCGUCGAGAGAAAGUGCCACGCCUCCUGUGCAGCCUAGCCCCAAGUCAUCGAGUGCAGCUGCUAGAYUACAGGCCAAGCGGCGUCAAUCAGGCCAUGUUGUCACCACUGAGGCUAGCAAACCAUGCCAACCUUUCAAAAGGACAGCUCAGGGAGGACCGCAUACCGUAAUGGGACCACGGAAGCGUCUUCGUUCCAACAAGACGGAAGGCGGCGACAUCCUAAUGGAUGAUGUGUCAGUCCCAAGCUGCGAUAGCCAUGAGAUGAGCAUAUCAUCGGAGUCACCAUUGCAUGGCACUUUGCAGAAACCAGAAACCGGAGGAGGAGGUGCUGACGUCUCGACGGCGACAGCAGCGAUAUCCGAAACUAAUCAGGCUGCUAAUCCAAGACGAAAUCGGCGUGGCAACCUGACAACACACUCUUCGCCGAGAAAGGGAGUCUCGGCGCCGGCCAGACUGAAUGAGAUGCUUCCUGUAGAUGCCGACAAUACCGACGACACACGGUCUACUUUGAACACGGACAGCACAGCAGUUACGCCCGACAAGAAUAGUGAUGCUCGUUACCCAGCAUCGCCUCAAACGGCCUUCAGAACAGGCGCAACAAAGAAUCAAAGUCAUCUUCUUAACGAGUUACUACAUGCCGAAUCCGCAGUUCCUUCUCCAAGUGCGCUUCCAAUGCAAGCAUUGAAAAUCACAAGCACUCGUCGAGGGCCUGGAGGGAUGGCCUCGAGAAUGCUUCCCAAGUCGAGCUCUGACGUUGGUCGGCCACGAACCAAGCUGGUCGACCGACUGAAGGCAUCUGCAGAGAGCUCUGACGAGGGGACUUCCGAGGAGGACAUUACUGAUGCGAGCGACGUGGAAAUGAAUGACGCUGGCGAUCGUGAGGAUGUAACGCCGGAAGGAACUCAAAGCCACAGUCAAGCAACCGCCGCGAACAGCAGGCCUAAGUUCACGUAUGCUGCUUCUCAGGUCACUUGGCUGAAGGAGGAGAGUCUCGAGGAAGAGCUGAUGCUCAACAUGCCUACCGACUCACAACACCGUCCAAAAAUUACACACUGGCAUGGUCUUGGAAACUCGAACUCAACCUCGCAGAAGGAGUCAUUCGAGAUGGAAGACAGCGAUGACGAAGGAGCAGCGGGAAGACUACGAACAAUUCACGAGCUCCGCGCAGGUGGCAUCAACCGGCGCUUCAUGGACGACAUCAGUGGCCUGCUUGAAGACGUUGCUAACCACAAUAUCAAAGCCCGAAGCAGGAGGCGAUCGGCAUUGAUCGAUGUUGCGAAUAAGCUAACAGACAAAUCUUUUGCCGCCAAGUUCUAUACACAAGGCUUCGAGCAGCAGCUCUUGUCAGAAUGUGUCGCGCCACCCGAUGAUAUCGCCGACUUUGCUCUGGCUGUGGCUAUUGUCGUGAUUCUAGCAGGCGCUCCACCAGAGCACACAGCUCAGUCGCUCAAAGAUGGAGGCGCAUUAUCCCUGCUAGUCCGAAUGCUCAGCAACCGUACUGAUCCAAAAAAGCUGGUCAAGGAGCGUCGGAACAACAUGUCGAAAGGCGCACAGUCUGACUUCCUCCACUUCAUUGGGCGUGUCACAGAGCAGCAAGCGAUCUGGGGAGACGCAGUUCCAACUCUAGUCACCUCGCGCACUAUUUCGCUGAGGGCACUCGAUCUUCUGGCGGCCAAACUCCGGAGAGCAGGAGAUCAAUCCGAGAUACUGAGCCACGAUUCCAUACAAGAGGUGCUGUUCUCGCAGACUGAGAUCGACCUAGUUCGCAGCGGCGACAUCCCGGCCGAGGUCACGCUCUCGAUGUCGCUGCUCGAGUCGCUCUCCACAACUACGAUAAAUCUUGCUUGGCCGGCUGAGCUCACCAAAUGCUUGGGGAACAUGGUCGCGCUCCCGAUCCUGGUCAACGACAAAGCGCAAAAGCUCCGAUUCCUGACCUUGCGACUUUGUCUCCAUCUCACCAAUGGCAAUCAAAGGAAUUGCAAGGCUUUUGCAGGGCCAGACACGGUCGUCGCGCUGCUUCAAUCCAUGGCCAAUGGUUUCGAAGCACUCUCUCAAGACCAGGAAGAGAGUCAGAGGACCAUCAGUCUGGAUCUACUGGUGCUUACAAUGGGCAUAAUGAUCAAUCUGACUGAACAAAGAUCGAGCGCUUGCGAGUACGCAGCGACCGAGGAGGCAGUUCCUGUACUGUCGAAUCUUGUUGGCACCUUUUUAAAAGGCCAGCAGCGCACGCUCGAGGCAGAGUCCGUAGAGGACGGCGUUACCAAUGUCGCUUUCGGCUACCUAGCAGUCGUUCUAGCCAAUCUUUGUCGCUACCGCGAGACGAGGCACAUCAUAGCGUCCAGACUUCCGGGUAAGAAGCUAGAGAGACUAGUCGAAGCUGUACACGAGUUCGUGUUGCACCACCAGAAGGUUGACAACCUCAAUUUCGAAGGCGAAGAGGGAACCGCGGUGUGGAGCUCCUUCACAGAGAAACUCAAUGGCAUUUUGUCAAGACUGAGUGCGGAGGCUGAAGCGGAUGAGAUCGACAGGCGUUGA